AUGGCUUCUGCAAACAUCUUUGAUCUCUACAGCACUCAGGAGGAAGAAGAAGUUCCCUUGGUCCGAAAGAAGAAAUUGACCAGGAAACAUGAUGGGGAGCCCAGUCAGAUGCCUUCGGCCAAGAAGAACCGAGCCACCGAUCCUUCGAAUGAUGGGCCCUCUGGUCAAACAUUUGCCCAGCCUCCUGCUCCUCUCGAGAAGGAAAUUCCACCUCCACCUGCUCCUGCUGCCACGAAUCCUUCACCUCCGGCCCCUACUAAACAGACUCAACAAGUUGAGGGUGUUCCCCCUGGGGCUAAGCUAUCGGGCCGCUCCCUAAGGUCGGCCAAGGAUCGCCUUGCUCACAUUCUUAAGCAUGACCGCUACAAAGAGGUCAUGGCUGAAGCAGAAACAAUGGGGGUCAACCAGAUCCUCAAUAAAGCCCUCUAUGAAGUGGCCAGUGCAAUGCUAACCAUGACGGUUGCUCGCGCCCGCGCGGCACGAGUAGCCACCCAGGGAGCAAGAAAUAACAAUGUUGGUCAGAGGUCCGUUGUCAGAGCCGAUUCUCGGGGGCCAGAUAGAAGUAGAAGCAAUACCACUAUUCAGAGGGAUGAUGGGGUCCGCUCUGGGAUUGCCUCAACGCAAAGGGAGAAUUCUAGAACCCCUUCCAAGAGCCACCGGUCAGAAACUUCUAGAUCAGGGAGUCGCCGGCUAGGCAGUAAGAAGACUCCACCCAGGCAUAAUCAGACUGGGGCUUCUCGAGAUAAGAAAACUUCACAGUUUAAAGAUGGAUAUGGUCGGGAUGAGGCUAAUAGUCAUCACACCGACCGGUCAAAGGAGAAAGAGAGCAAUGGCCAACAAGGAAGAAAUGGCUGCCCUGGCCAUGCCGAGAAGCCGCCACUACAUCACGGCCAGAAGUGUAGUUGGAGAGAGUAG